AUGGCGGUGGCCCUCAUCCUUGGUUGGUGGCUGGUGACAACGAGCAGGGCACUGCAACCCUCCCUGUCACUGCACUCCAGCCAGGGGGUGUCCCUGGGGGACACUGUCACCCUGCGCUGCCACCUACCUCAGCCAGCUGCCUGGGUUGAGCUCUACCAGGAUGGACUUUUGAGAUCCUACAAGGACAUGGACAAGCAUCAGGUCAUGGCUGAGUUCUCCUUGGUUUGUGUAAAGCUGGAAGAUGCAAUGAAGUAUUGGUGCCAGUACCGGGUUUUGGAGCCACCGGGAGUAUCAGAGAAGAGUGUCCCCAUCGAAUUGGUGGUGACAGAUCAUCGAUAUUCCCCACCUAACAUUUCCAUCAGCCACGAAGAAAUUGUGGAAGUGGGGACCAAUGUCACCAUCCAGUGCUGCAAUCAGGGCUAUGGGGGCAUCAUCUUCUUGCACAAGGACGGGCACUCAGCCCCUCUCCAGCACAGGGACCCCCGUGGCGGGGGCACAGCCACCUUCACCCUCUUUGGGGUGACCCCAGCUGACAGUGGCACCUACAGGUGCUCCUAUCACCCCAAGGUCCUCUUUGUGUCCUCACCCCUUGGGGACAGCGUAACGCUGGAGGUG